AUGAAGAGAUCGAAGAAAUCCAGAGUUUCAUGGCCACCAAGUCCUAUGCUUUGUCAGGUGAAGAUGUUCAGAACAGAGGACUGUCCGGCAAAAGUUGCAUCUCAGCCUCAACGUCAAAGCUACCAAAAGAAACCAGCCGUGAAACCAGAUCUUCCACCUGGUUUUGAAGGAAACCACUAUGCAGAUAAGCCGAAUCUCUCAACCAUUCCUCGCAUCAAAUGGAAACGACCUCCUAAGUUUCUUGUCAGUGAUGCAUGGCUGGUUGGAGAUGGUGGUGAGAGCACAGAACGUCGAAGUGAGAACUUGAGGAUUUCAAAAGUCUUGGAAGCUAUAUAUCCUCAUCGCUCUACCAUCCCUUCUCGGCCCUCUGUUUCACCGGCUGUAGAAGCUGAAAGCUUUGAUGACAGCAAAACUCCUGCCAUUCGUCUCACUCCCAUUGAGGACGAGUUGGAAUCUGCAGAGGAAUCAGAAUCCAACACUAGCGCAAACAAGGAAGGUCCGUUGGAGACCAAACCUCCACGUUCGACACAAGAACUGGUUUCCGGUCUUGCUCCGGAGUUGAGCCUGGCUGCUUCUGCAGCUCUGACUGCACUGAUGAAAACCAAGGAACAGGGGAGUAUGAUUGACGCUGAUCUACUCGUCAAGUUCCUAAGCGACCCCAAAACUAUCAAGAAUCUGAUAUCAACAGGUACUGAGAAGAAGCAUCACAUUGACACUAACAUCAACCUCACAAGAGCUGUGCCACAACAUGCCACAAUGCCUAGAAAGCCGCAGCCAGUAACAGUACCUCAAGAACAGUGUUUCGUAGCUUCUUCUCAGCCUUUUACUAACCAUGAGCAGAGACGAGUAUCUCCACCCAAGCCUGGUAACGGAAACAUAAACCCUCAUAACAUACCAUUACCUCUUCACUCCUCUGCUGGCAUUGCUAAAGAACAACAACCUCUGCAUCCUCCUCGGCUCCCAUCGAGUUCUCUGCCAAUGAGACCUCGAAAUGUUUUCUCAGAACCAAAGGUAAUAGUAAAUUCUCAACCCCAACACCAACUCCAACCUAGUUACGCAUUCCGCACCUCUGAAAUGAACAAUGUUCAAGCAUCAACUGGAUUCGGAAGGUGUCCUCAAACCGGUUAUCCAAUGAACUUAAACCGUGUUGAUGCUAGUAGUAGACCUAAACCGGUAGUGCAACCAAUGAAGAGUGUACACUAUUUCAAGAACCUUAUAAGGGAACAUGGGACAGUGAAUCAUGAAACUAACCAAUACCAUUCACAAACUGGUAAAAUCAAUGGAAGCAUUGAUCAAAUUAAGGUUCAGAAACAGUGUGUCUACUUUGGCACUCCGAGGGGAUGUAAGCUGGGUGAUAGUUGCUUCUAUGUUCAUGACCACCGGUUGAGGCCUAGUUUUGAUGCCGAGGCUCCAAUGGCUAAGAGGAUGAAGUUUGGAAGGUAUGAGCAAAAUGGUUUCUAA